AUCUGCCUUGGAAUGCAUAUGUUUAGUAACUCUGGUGCACAAGGUGUACUUGAAUGCAGCAUGAGUUUGUCGCUCGUGGCCGUAACACACCAUGUAGAAGCACCAUGGCAACAGCACAGAAAUGACUGGAAAACUCAUAUUGACGGUGGAGCUUGUCGAGGAGCGACUCAGGAUGAGGAUUGCUGUUUUGGAGGAGAGUGUCAAAUCAUGUGAGCUGGAGUGUAAAGCCAGCAGAGAAACGGCGUUGAGGCUGAUGGCUGAGCUGGACCAGGAGAGGAAGAAGACAGCCAGCAGUUCAGCAACACUUGAUUCACUUAAAGUGGAGUUGGAAGACCUGGCGGUGGGAAGGAAGGGUGUUGAGACAGAGAAACAGACCCUAAGUGAAAGCCUUGAAGCCAGCAGGAGAGUGAUAAAGGCAGCCAGGCAAGAGUCCUGCUGCUUGGAGAAACAAGUAGAGAAGUUUCAGGAAAAGGCCCAGGCUACUAUGGAGAAACAUCAGCAGUUCCUGGAAAAGGUUGCCUGUCUAGUGCAGGAGAAGACUGAACAUGUCAUCCUGCACACAGAGAAAGAUGUGUUACACAAUCUGGACAACAUCUGUAAUAAGACUGUAUCAGAGAUGGAGAUGAGAUUGCAUCACACCUCUGAGGAGCUGAAAGAACAGAUGGAGCUCCGGCUCGGCACACUGCAGAGGGCUCAGCAUGCCGAGCAUCAAGUCCAGGACCUGAAGAGGCACCUGGAAAGUCUGGAGACUGAGCUGCUGAGAGCAGACAUGCAUCGGGAUGGACUACGAAACAGCAAGAAACAAUGUGAAGAGUUUCUGGAACAGCUGACUGUGAUGAUGAAGGUUGACCGUAUUGAUCCUGAUCUGGGCUUUGAAAUGAAGCUGAAACUCAUCCAGUCACGAGCUGAACAACUUGUCAGGCAAGAGGCAGCUGCUUUGUCGGAGAGCAAAAGACAGAAAUAUGGCUUAUCUUUACAGGUAAAGUCACAAAAGGACCAACUAGAAAGAAAAUAACUCCACAUCCAACUUUUGAAGAAAAAGGUUUCAGACCCAGAGGAAGAGAAGAGAAGUCGAUCUGAGCUGGCUUUUGAACAAAAUGAUGCACUUCUAGAGGCUCGGAAGCUAAAAAAAAGGCUGGAGUGUCUCCAAGGAGAACUGAAGGCGGCCAAGCUGUCCAAUACUGAGCUAAAGGCCCAACUCACCCACACCAACGAGCUCAAGCUGAAAGUCGUGGAACAGAGUCAGACUGUGCAGGAGCGGAAACUGAAGUUGAAUCAGCUGGUGGAUGGGAAAGCAAAGGUGGAGCAGAAGUUGAGCACAGUAAGCUCAGAUCUGCAGGAUCAGGAGAAACAAGAGGACCAAGAGCAACUCAACAUCCUCAGAGAGAGCCUGGUUCAGCUGUCUGAGAGGCAAAAGGAGCUCGAGGAUUUCCAAUCUAAGGUUUCUAAAACGUUUGACCUGAACUCUACAUCUUUGUCUCUUUCAAAUUAUGAAAUUAUCAAACUACUUCAGGAACUUCUUCACAAUCCUCAUCAUCAUCAUUUCUGCCAUCACCAUGAUGCUACACCCUGGCAUCGCUCUACUCACCAUAGUCUUCCUCCGCUUCCUGACUAUCCUGAAAGUUGUUGCACCCUGGAUGCUCCUGGCUCAGGUUCUCCUUUUGCUGACAUUUAAAAAGGUCUUACAUGUAUACCAAAUGUCUAAUAACUACUGACAAAUGUGGUAUUUGCCUCUAAAAUCAUAACAAACAUUUUGCAGUUAAAAUAAGCAAAAACAAGCCUUUGAAGUUAUGUUCACUGAUAUAAUGGAAAAAGGAAAAUCAAAUAAAAGACAGGAUUCAGAGUGAGGAUUUGGCAUUCAUUAUUGUUCAUAGUUGCAUAAACAUAAUUAUUUUGUGGUAAUCUUCUGCACUAUGUACACAUGUUAAAUAGUUCUGCACUUUUAUAUAUUUUAUACUCAACCAACAGUCAUACAAAAUAUACAAUAGUUUUAUGUGUCAUAAGUUUAAAUCUUUAAUAUAUCAGAUCAUUUGAAAAAAUAAAAAGCAGAAUGUAAAAACACCAUGGAUGGCUGAUAUUAGUUUGUAUCUGAUAAUAAAACGCUUGACCUGGCUUGACACACGUACAUAAAUGUAUGCAGUUCAAGUUAAAAUGAACAGUUUACCACAGACACAAUCAUAAAUGUAAUAAAUGAAAGUAAAUAUUAAAACCACAUGCCCAAAUACAGGUUAAA